UUGUCUUCAUCCAGAUUGUUUUGUUCUGACAAGAAGGAGCAGAGUGGGAAGAGUGGUAACAUCCCUGCAGGAACUACAGUUGAUGUAGGCAUCACACACCCAACAGAAUUUGAUUUUUAUCUGUGUUCACAUCAAGGCAUUCAGGGCACUAGUCGUCCAAGUCACUAUCAUGUACUGUGGGAUGAUAACCAUUUUGAUAGUGAUGAACUGCAGUGCCUGACCUACCAGCUGUGCCACACAUAUGUUCGUUGUACUCGGUCAGUCUCCAUUCCUGCUCCAGCUUAUUAUGCGCACCUGGUUGCAUUCAGAGCGCGUUAUCAUCUCGUCGAGAAAGAGCAUGACAGUGGAGAAGGAUCUCACCAGUCUGGUAACAGUGAGGACCGCACACCAUCAGCAAUGGCUCGAGCAGUGACGGUGCAUGUUGACACCAACAGGGUGAUGUACUUUGCUUAAGUGAUUGCUGUACCUAGUCUGGCUCAAAGUUCACAAACAUCUUUGUGCAAGAUGAAGUCACAUAGAUUCAUCUGCAGAUAUACUCGUCGAUGCGUCUUUAUUGUGGUCAUUUUUUAAUUAAUGAGUUUGUUUGAUUUAGAUCUUCCAUAGAUAUGAAAGUUAUUCUGUGAUUACUUAAGUUUUUUCUUGUGUGAAAUUAUUAUGUUAGAAAUCUCAAUUUGACAUACAAAGUUUAUAUCUGCUGCUCUUACUUUAAAAAAGUAGUUGUGUAUUUGAUAGUUGAAUGACUGUUUAUUAUAACUGACUUGAUUCGGUCAUGCUGAAUCACUUGUUGUCCCCAAUUUAGAUUUGGGUUGAAGUAUUUAGGCGGCAUUCCUUGAAGAUAUUUGGUGAUAGCAGAAGUUGUAGGCAAAGAUGACCAUCACAAUUUGUAUUACAUUCAAUGGUACAGGUUUAAUCCUUCAUUGCAGGUUAAGGUUACUGUUUUCAUAUGGAGACCUGUAAAAGCCACGUUCUUAGAUGUCUGUAAUGUAGGACACUUGUACCUGCAGUAAGUGGUGUAAAGGCUUUUAGGAUGUACCUGUUGAUGUACCUCAUGCUAGCGUGAUGGCUUGUGUACUAUAUGCGAUUUUAGCACGUUAAGUCACUGGAAACUAUUGCUAGAGAGCAUUAAAUGCGUAUUUUCAUUACAUCAUGAUACUUAGUAUGUUAUUAAGAGGAUUAAGCCACAUUUUGUAUUAGUGCACUCUUUUGGUGCACCAGCUCCCUCAAGUAAGCUAUUCUUCAUAAAAAAAAAACUUGUGCACACUAAUCAGCAAUGAUGAGGCUUUUAUAUGUGUACUUUUUUUUUUUUUUUUUUUUUGUGGUGAGAAGUAUUCUAGUACACCUCUCUUGAGCAUCAUAGUUACUGAACUUUAUGUAGAUGAGUAACUGAAGCCAGGAAAUCCAAAGCCACUGUGACAUGGGUUUUUUAAUUAUUUAAGGUUAAAGACUUCUGCAGUCAAGUUUUUACUGCCAUUUUUUUUUUUUUAUAGAGAGCUAAAAUAGCCCUCAGACACAUGUGUACCUUCAUUGUGGAGGUGGUGCUGUGAUCUCCCCAGGAUCUGGGGUGAAUACUGUUUAGGAAAAAUGGUUUUGUACAUUUUAGGCAUCUUGAGUUUCUCCUUGAGGCAUUUUUAAUAUAGCCCUGAUUAUCACUUCAAAAAAAAAAUCCUGAUGUUAAAGUCUGAGUUGAUUAUACUUUUCAUAGCAUUAUUUACCCCUUAACCCUCCCCUCAACUGUGUACUUCCUAGUCUUGGGCCAAAACUGCAGGCUGUUGCUUCAAGUGGGAGGUAGGUUUGAUAUUGUUGUUGGAUUUGCAGUAUAUAUUAUUUGCAGUUUUGCAAAAACUUCUUUAAAGGGUAUUUUAAUUUAUUAAUACACAGCUUACCAUUAAACUGCAAGUAAAGGUCAGCAGUACUGGUCUAAAACCUGAACAUGCAUAAAUGCCACAGAUAUAUGUAUUAGACACCAGAUUUUUUUUCAAGACAAUAUGUGGCAGCAUGUUUUGGUUCAAGUAAUUGAAUAUUACAAUUCACAAAGAGCAGCCUGGGCUUGGGUGCCAUAUAAGUACAUGUAUAACAUAGCUCGUGUGAUGCCAUGAGGCAAGGUGCAGCUACAUUCAUUUGCGGCAGUAAAUGGCAACUCUACUCCGCUGAGAUCAUGUGAAUUCCCAGUCUUCCUGAAUGUUAUCAAAACCCACAUUAGUUAAAAUGCAGAGUAGAGUUAAUAACCUGGUCAUAAGCAAAUUACUUUAAUAUGAGAAUAUUUGGUCCAGUAAUUAAAGCAUUUUAGAAGUUUAGUAGGCAUUUUAGGUAAACUCUGCAUAGAUAUGCAGUCUGAAUAAUGUGUUUAACAUUGGAGUUCAAAACUAUGUAAUAUCUGCAAGAUGCAUAAAUAACAGUUAAGCAUUCACCUAGGUAUGAUAUGGGAAUGUUCUAACAACAGUGUUUUGUCCAAUAAUUCUGUAGGUUGUUGUGAUGCUGCAGCAUAUAGAAAAAGAUAUUUAUCUUUAUUUUUCUUCAGCUAACCACAUUCCAUCCAUAUUGGAUGUGUUAGGAUUGGCAAUUUUUGUCUUAAAAAUUCUUAAGUUAGCUAUAAAAAAUAUUGGUUCCUUGGAGACAUAAAAUUGCCAAUCUUUUCAGCAAGAACCUUGGAAACUGGCAUAGAGUAAUGUGAUGAUCAGUCUAGCUGCGUCCACAUGGGUCUGGUAGCAAGUCCUUACAGUGUUCAUUCAAAACAUUUCGUCCAGGUAUCAUGGGGUUCUUCCGGGUUGUCUGGCUGGCAAUAAUGUUCUUUACUUACUGCUUCUGCCCACUAGUGUCUUGCUCAUUUAAAUCUUGUUUAUUAUCUUUUUAAAAACAGUCACAUUUAAAUUGUUUUCCAGUUUGUGUUGUAGAAAUUAACCUUCAGAUUAAUAAGCUCAGAAUCUUUAAUUUAAAAAUUAGCAGAAUAAUUUAUUUCACUUAGCUUCAUUCUGCGAAGUUUUGCAUUUGAAAAGGUAACCCGGACCCCAGUACCCUGAUAGUUUUAUAAAGGGCAGUUCAGCUUCUUCCAACCUCUAUGCAACAGUAUAGUCAUAGAGAUUGUAGGUUUUUAAAAGUUCUUAAAUGCGCCCCUUUUUUCACCAGUGCAGCAAAAUCAUUUACAUUAUAUUUAAUUGGCACCUUGCCAAUUCUCUCUUGCUUAGUUUUUGUCACAAUAUUUUGAAAGUGAUAUCUGUGAGCUUAUGGGUAAUUGUAUAGUUUGCCUUUCUUUCUGUGGGACAGUUUUCUUAUUGUUUUACAUAUAGUGCGGCUCUCAAUUUUUUUCUGGGCAUGACCAAAGAUUGAGGAUGCAGAUGUUACUUUAUAAUUUAAAAAGUAUUUUCACACUUUUAUUUUAAUUGGAUGAAGGCAUUAACCAAUUAGAAUAGCAUUUUUCUAGAAUUAAGAGGAAAUCAUGCGUGAAACACAAAAUGGCUGAUCAUUUUAGUGAAUUAGUACAGACCAGAAACAAAAACUUUAGUGUGCGAUACAGUGUUUCUGUAGAUUUUAUAACAUGGUUUACAUCAAAUGAAAAUUUUUGUUAAUUUUUAGCUUAGGUGUAAGUGGACAGUGUUACAGAUUUUUACUAUAUAUUUUUUCCUCGUAAUUUGGCAUUGGCAUGUCUUUAAAUGUUGUCUGUAUCAUGUGAGAUAAUGUGGGAGUUUUCCUUGUUGUAUGAACAAGACUUAAUGUAUAGAAUCCAGAGUAUUACCCCCUUAGCUACCAAAGGAUAUGUUGUUAUAUGAGUGAGAAGCCGGUACAGUUGCAUCAUAGACUGCUAAUGCAUUGCCAUUUUUCUCUCGUCGCUUUUUAUUGUAGGAAGUCCUCUCCACAUCCCAUGGGUUUUAAGUGAACAGGCAAGUGUACCUGUAAGUUUCUUCCCUUAGAAUAUUCACAUGCAUGUAUAACAGGCUAUUUCACAUCAGUCUGUCAAAAGUUAACAGGAGGAGGACCAAGAGCUAGAGCACACUCCCCCCUUAAACAGGUACAGUAAUUACCUACAGCUAAUUAUACAUACAACCCUCAACCUGUAUUGGUAAUUACAUACACUCAAAUAAGCAAUUACAUACACAUUCAAAUAGGUAAUUACACACAUACUGUAAAACCAGCCUUAAAUGCUCAACCAUGGUAAGAUUUAUAUGUACAGUAAUUAAUUUUUUUAAGAGCAACACAAAUUAUUUGAUAUUGUUAUAGUCUUUGUUUACAAGUAAUAUCUUAAACUAUGGGGAAUAAUGUUGGUUUUAUUGUAUUAAUUUCUAGCAAUAAUCAUAAUGGCACUGCUUAAUAUCAACAAAUGUAGUUCAUUGAAACUAGGCAGUCAUCAUUGAUCUUUGUAGAGUCUUGGCUAACAUAUCAUUAAUUUUAAUUUUUCUGAGCAUUAAUGUCAUUUAUUUGCUUUGCAGCCCUUAGAGGUUAAUUAUUUUAUAGGCUUUAUAAUUUUCUGUGUAUUCUAGAUUUAUUGCAAAAUACAGUAUAUAAAAUUUUAAAUACUGAAAUAAUUGUUGUAAUCCAUAUUUAAAUGUUUGCAGUGUAAUUGUGUGCUUGACUGGCAAUAUUUUUCUUGGCACUAAAAUGGCAUCAGCUGUUUGAAAAAUGGUGGUUUUCCAAAAAGUUUUUUCUUGUUGAAUAUUACUGGAUUAGUAUGGAAGUGGAAAUUCUCUUUGUGCUUUAAAUUUUAUGGGAAACUAUUGAAAAUAUAUAAAUAAAAAAUUAAUUUUAAAGAUUUUGGAAGAAAUCCAGGACAUUUUAGAUACCUGGAAAAGUUCAUGUGUUCAUUUUUUGAACUCUCCAAAAAAUCAAGCAAGUGGAGAUAACUAGGAAUAUUUUUUAAGUAGAUGGAACAGAUUUGCUAUCUAAAGUUAAGUCUCCAUUCCACCUUUAUGUGCUCAUUAUGGUCACUCUGGUAUGUUAUUUUGAUGAUUAACGGAAAUAUUGCAAUCUUAAAAUUACAAGGCCAUAAAAAAUCUUUCCUGAUUAGAUAUUUUGUCUAAUUAUUAAAAAAAAUUUUCUCCAGGGUAUGGGAUUAAUCCUUGCACAAAAAAAAAUUAUAAAAGAAGGUAACUUGAAACUACAGGCUUAAUGAUUAAAGAAAAAUUUGCAUUAACUUAGUCUUCAACUAUACAGUAAUUGCAUUGUUCUUAAAUAGCAUUUUUAGAUAAUAUCUCAUAAUUUCUGCCUAAUUCUGCAUGUAAUUGUAACAAUGUUUUCUUUAAAGGAUUGUUAUAUUUAAAAUGGGUCAUGAAAGUGUAGCAUAUUCUUAAAUUUUGAAUACCAGAUGUGGAUUAUUGUAAAACACUUACAGCUAGUUCAUGGUUCACACUAGUGGGUGAUUCUAAUCUUUAGAUAGUGACUAUGAUUUUUUAUUUUGAGUGGAGGGGCACAGGUGGAGGUGGGAACAAUCAGCUUAGUGACUACUUUCCACCUCCACCUAGUAGUGCCUUAACCCACAUGUUAUCUUAAAGCUGGUGUCCAGAUACGUUUCCUUUUCUCAGAGUUUAUGUGUGAAAGCUGAAAUUUUAUUGUAGUUUGAUAGUAUCACUUGGAUUUUUCAACUUUAUAUUUCAUGUAAAUCAUCUGAUGUUUUAGUUGAGACAGGUAAUAAACAAUGCACUGUCAUAUAUCGAAUGUGGCCAUAAAAUAGCUUUAUGUUUAUUAAUAGUAAAAUUGUGGUAGACCCUUUCUGAUUCUAUAUUAACAUUCCCACAUGACAGGCAAGACAUGUAUUGCAUUAUUUAUUUAUAAAUAGCCCAUUCAUUGUAUAUAAUAUGUGCUGAUAAACAAUUAGAAAAGGACUUGGGUCAUGGUAUCCAUCAAUGAUUUAUGAUGGUGGCAUCCUUGUACAUCACCUCAAUAUAUGAUAAUUUCUUAAACUCAUUGAUAAGAAAAACCGGUGAUACGCAACCCUGGUUACUUUAUGGGCAAAGACAAAGAAAGAAAGAAAUUCAUUGUUUUCCUUUUAAACUAAAUUUAUAUUUACAAACCUCAUGCAGCAACAUUUAUUAAAAUCUUAUGGAAUAAGGUAGUGUUUUAGUACUCUGAAACAUUAGUCUCAUUUAAUUUUAGUAAAAGUUUUCAAUGAAUACAAAUCAAGACAUUGGAUGUAUGGUCAAACAGUUGCAAUAUAACUUAAUUUAAUGUGGACAGUUUUUCUCUCAAUACAAAAUAUGAUACAGCCACUAAAGUAUCAGAAUCUCUUCAAGUAACCAGCCAUAUUUAAGGUUGCACUGUAUCAUUUAAGUCUCUUGCCUGGUCUUAAAAUGCCUUGCAUAUUGAACUCUGUUAAAAAAAAAAAAAUAGAUAAACAGGCAUGG